AUGCUUCACGAUCAAAUUUAAAUGUGAUCGAUAAUGGAAUCGAUAUACGAAAUCGAUAAUUGUAAAUUCGAGAUAAUCACAUGACAUCUCGUGGGAAAAUGAAGAAAUGGUAUGAAGAUUGUAGCGGUUUGCGCGCCAUAUCGUAUGGUUGUCACAAUGCUUUGUGUCAAUAACAAAUAUCUUCGAAAAAGAUCGACACAUCAGGUACAUCCUUUUACGCGCUGUCAACGUGCUUUUAACGGAUAGCACUACCAACAGCCAUGGAAGAGAAUCUCGAAGAUAAUUUGUUGGACGAAGGAGACGGCGCCGGGGAGUUGACAGCGCAGACUGUGCUACAGGAGAUCGAGAAUGCCUGGAUGAACGAAAGAUUCGCCCCGGAAAUUUUGCCGCAUCAGUCUGAUCUUGUGGACUGCAUGCUGCAGCAGAUCACGCAUAUGGAAGAGAACAUUAAGAGGUUAGACAAGAACGAUUUACGCGCACUGGUCCAUCGUAUGGAGCUCGACCGGAUCAGAUAUGUAAUCAGUAGCUACCUGCGAACGCGGUUGGAGAAGAUCGAGCGAUACACUAUUCACAUCCUUUCGGAAGAGGAUAGCAGAAGUCCGGAGGAAGCCUAUCUGACACCGGAUGAGCUACGCUUUGCCAAGGAGUACCUGGCCAAUUUGGAGACCCUUUUCAAGACGAUAGCACUGCAGCAUAUGCCACCAAGCUUUCAACGUUUCGAGGUGAACAAGUUUGCUAUUAAACCCAAUAUGCAAGCACAUGUAUUCUUGCGUGCCAAUCGAAGGGUUACAGGUAUAGUUCUACCUGGUGUGUUGAACGAAGAGAUAGAUUUUGAAGAAGGUUCACAGCAUAUUAUUCAAUAUAGUGCUGUAGCGCAUCUAGUUAAGUCUGGUGUAGUACAAUUAAUUUAACAUUUUCAGAUAAAAAUAGGAAAUGGAUGCUGAUGAUUUAUCUUUCUUUCAACUAUAUGCAUUCACACAUUUUUUUUAUUAAUAUAUAUCGCAAAGUUUUAGUCAUAAUUUGUUUAAGACAAAAGAGCAUAGAGCUACAGCGAGUUGUUCUUAAUCAUAAAUUUAAAACAAAUUUUUUGAGUUUUGUUCAGUUUUAUUAUUAAGAAUAAUUAACAGUUUACAUGUAAAUUUUAUCAAAUUGGUCUUAAACUGUAAAUUGUUCACAAAAUUGUGAUAAAGAUUCAUAAGUAAUGAGUAAGUAACAAGAACACUUAUUGCAUAGGAACAUUUCUAUUUCUAGGCUAUAUAAAUAUAUAUAAAAGAUAAGUAUGAUUGCAUCAAUAAGUACUAAAAUUUUCAUAAAUAAGUGUUAAAAACUGUUAAAAAGAUCUUUUCUAAAAAUAAAAACGUUGAACGAAUAAAAAAUUAAGUAAAUUAAGUAAAUUUGUUAAAUUAUUAAUGUACAAAUGUGGAUUGUUGAUGAUGUACUUCAUAUGAAAUCACAUGGAUCGUCGCUCAUAAGCCUGUAAAUGAAAUACCACACAUAAAUAUAUUUUUAAUGAUAUGUGAG